GAUUUGUAUAGUUUGAUAGCCAACUCUAUAAGCUUUAAUUUGAUUCAACAGUUUAGGUAUCUACAGUUUAAACCAGACUCGCUACAUGGCUCAGACAAGAGACACCUCUAAAGGUAUAUGGUAACCUUGAGCCAUGAAACACAGCAUUGAAAAUAUUCAAGUGCUGAACUAUGGAUUUUACACAAGAUGACUGCUACAGUUAAUUCUAGCUUCAAUGAAUGUUUACAAUAGACUUGCUGGGACUUGUGAAAUAGAAGAAUAACAGAAAAUCAAAAUAUGGGGCAAAUGACCAGUACAUGUAAGUCUCAGUAGGUCUGAUAAUGGCUGGUCAUUGUUUUUAGUUAAACCUGGUCAUGGCCGGAUAUUGCUGUCAAAUGAAACAGAGCACAUCAAGGUUGUUGAUGCUAUGUCCUAUGUGCCCUCUCCAAGUGAGAGGUGUCAUGGAAGCAGUCACUGCAUUACGGCAUCACCAACUUUAAGCAGUGGUUCAACUCUGAUGUCACCAAAACAUCAUCACGACCAAGUGUUUGAAUCAGCAACAGCUGCAACUGAUGAGUUCAGAGUACUGGCUGGACCACGAAGAAGAGUCAGGAGACGACAUUCAUCAGGUGCAACAACUUGCUUCUCAUCCUCUCCACGUAACAGAUAUCAAGCCAGCUCUAAGAACUCUGUAAUGAGGGAAUUAGAGCAAGGCAAAACCAAACAGUCACACAGCCCCACCCUGCUGCCAAAUGAUGCAUUGGAAAUAAGUCAUAUUUCAGUUGCUGCUACUGUAGAGCCAAUGAAUGUAGGCACUCCUUCAAGUCGUGUUCUGUAUUCUGGAUCAGCUCUGCAAAAACAAAACACCAACCUAACCCCUUGUAAAUUCCACCGUGCAACUCCCCCAAUGCCAGCAACCAACGCAGAGCUUAGAGAGAUGCUGUCUCAGAAGAUUUAAUGCCACACUACCAAAGACAUCAAACUCAUUGAACAAAGCUAUCAUAUUGUAAUUUUGAUCAUUACUAAAACUUUUAGUUCUGAAAAGUAAUUUACUAUUGUGACAUUCACUAUAGAGGUAUGAAGCAAAGGGAAAUAUGCAGUUCUAGUGAAUGGAGCACCGACAGGUUUUAAACAUUGUUAAACUUGUUGGGUUCUGAAGUGAGUGAAGAUGUAAGAUUGUCACAAAUCAACAUUGCAUUUCAAAAGACCACUGUUGUAAGAAUCCUUAAGUUUAAUGCAACAGGCUUAAUAGGCUGUUUGAUCUGGCUUAGUCAGUGCAUAUUAUUGGAGAAAUGAUUUGUUGACCAGGUUGUGGCACAGCAUAGAACUUAAAUAAAUGAUACAAGACUCUCUGCGUGUACAACAUUUUGAGACUGCGGACUGCACUCUGGUUAGCCAGUAAGUGCUAUCUUAGCCUGAAUAAUGGUUUAUGCAAGUUAGCCAGUUCAGGGUUACCUAAACAGGCUAACCUAUUUGUAGAGUCUGCAAUCUGCAAAUGUCACACAAUGCAAUUUGCUUGGAAACAGAUUGAAUUGAAAUUAAAGUUCAAAAAAUUGAAUUAAAGCCAAAUUUUAUGGUAACAAUAGAAAAUAAGGCAGAAUAUUUCAAGAAAAUACCACAUUAAGUUUCCCUAACUUGCAUCAAACGACAAUAUUCCACUUUCCGGUUGAGGGGAAGGCCAAAAGCCUCCGAACAACUCUUGGAAAGCAAAAGCAAAAGCAGUACCUCAACUUCUUUAUAGUUUGAGUGGUGUCAUUACAGUGAGCCAGAAGUCAAAGUAAGCCUGUUAAAAUGUACAUUGAUCAUUAGAAAUUAGAUAUUUUUGCUUUAUGUGUAGUCCACAUUUAAUAAGUAACCUUUUAUUAGUGAGUAAUCUUGGUGUUCAAGUGUCAUCGCCUAGGGAAUUAGAAACAUUAACUUUUAUUAUUUCCUGUUUAAUGAUAUUUUACAACUAAUAAAGAUAAAAAAUGCUUCCUGUGUAGACACGUACUUGCUGCAAUGUAUAGAACAAUAAAGAAGGGAAUUUAUUCUCCAAUGUUUCGGAAAAUAAUAAUUUCAUUUGCCGUACAAUUCACAUACCGUAAACUCCAGCUUUUAAGCCCUUUCGCUUAAAAGCCCCACCUGCCCCCCAGCACUUAUAGGCCAUCUAACCCCACCCCACAGUUAUGGGUGCAUCUACCUGUAGGCAAAAUAUUAAUUCUGAUUAUAACCCCCCUCUUGUUUAACAUGAAAUGAGGUGGAUUUAAGAUCAGUAUAUGAAUAAAUUUCGAUCAACACUGCUGUUGCUCAGUUUGAAACGUUUCUUCUUUUUUAAUUGUGCUAAUACGCCCCCCAGUAUGUUCAUGACAAAAAAAAAAAAAUUUUAAAAAUGACACACUAAGGUGACAGUUUCCCAAACCUUUAAUUUUUGGCCUAAAAAUCCAGUAUUUCCUUAAUUCCAUUCCUUGGAUAUCCAUUCAAAAUACCCCAUUAAUAUUCCCCCAAAAUAUCUUGUGUCCUGUUAAUUUUUGAAGUGUUAAAUAGACACAAAUUAAUGGCCCGUGUAUUAACUCUGUAAAAAUAAUGUUCAAAGAAAUUAACAUGACUUAAAUUGCACUAACUACGGCCUUAUCCACAACAGAGCGCAGAGAAGAUAGGUCAGGUCAAAUUGCACUACCUGAAUAAGGCAUCUUAUCUGUAUCAGUGUGUACAAUGAGUGGUGAGCUGGAUGGACUAGUUUGGUUGACUUUACGACAUUGAUAUUGUAGACAAUAAAAUCUGAGGCAAUGCAUCCAUUUAUUUGAAGUUAAAAUUAAAAGUUAGAGAAUCCAUAAGGUGUACCUACAAUGUAUCAAUGUUAAAUAUUUACCUUUGUUGUUGUCUAAACAUUAACCUUACUGGAAAAAGUUAAAAAGUUGAAUUUUCCAGUAGGAAUUAGCUCAACUUUCAAACCUUAUGUAUCAUUGUUCAAAGAAAAAACUCCUGCCAUUCAUGAUCUAUGGCAAGAAAACACUGACCAAGAUUUAACAAAUUCCAUUUACAGUCUCUCCAAGAAUUAGCCCUCUAAAAAUGGAACACUUUAUAUAAUAUUUAAUGUUAAAUAAUUACAUAUUAUAAUAAUAAGUUAGUUGGACAAUAUAUCCCACUGGAAAUUCUAAAAAAAAGAUUAACUGCAAAGUAAACUUUGUACAUCCUGAUUAUAAAUUUAGACAUUCAAUUUAGUACUUCAAUUCUGUUGAAAAGUGAUAGCAGUAGCCUUUAGAAUUAAAACCCUGAAAACCUCCUUGAGCUUCAAGUUUUUGUAUCAUGAACCAUACUAAAUUGGUAAUUUUAAAGUCACUGAAUAUGUUUUAUUUUGCUUGUUUGUUAUCAGUAUUGUCUUUGUUAUGUCCACACAUGUACAAAAGAAACUAAUUACCCAGCAUUAUUUGAUCAAAGAACCAUACUUCUGAUGUGUUUUCAGAUGGCAACACACUCAAAUCUCUUCACAUGACUCAAUAAACAAACUGAAAACAUCAUUUCACAUGUCUUUUGCCACCAAUUUUUAUUGAUACGCAACCAUCGAAUCAAACCUCUUGGCGAUUUGCUUCCGUCAAUCAUGCACUCCUUACAUGGCGCUAUAAGAAUGCCUGAUUUGUUUUUGAAAAUAUGGCUGUCACUGUGUAGCCUGUUCAUUCAACAUGGUUGCUUGUUAUUCUUCAAGUUUACGUUGGCAAGUGGUCUAUUUGCUCAUGGUGUAUUUGCUUGUGCAUGGGUUUUAGCGUGAGCAUUGUAGGAAGAUUUCUGCAUGCAGGGGAAGACAUUUGUGAAGACAGUUCAGGAAAUCUAUGGUUGAUUACCCAGCUGGAAUGGGAAAAGCAAGGCAAAUGGAUGGCAGGUGAAAAAAGAAUCACAUAAUUGGCAUAAGUAAACAAACAUUCAGUAGAUGACACUGAUCCCACGACAUAAUUUUUGUAAGGAGAAUCACUUAACAAUAUCCCGCAGUGUAUAAAGAUGAAAUACAGAGAUGGCUAGAUGGCAAUAUGCCUUUUAACUGUUUCAAAAAUAAGAUUUGGUACAUACUUUCGUGUGGCAGUGAGUUUGACUUGUAAAUUCAUUGUCUUGCAAUCAAACUCAUUCAUAAAUAAAUAUAUUUCUGUAUUUCUGAUUUGUGCAAUUCUUUUCUAACCUACCGUCCAUUUACCUCGCUUUUCCCAUCCGGGCUGGGUAAUCAACCGUGGAGUUAUUCUGUAGAUUCCCCAAAUUUUCUUCCCAAAUGAAAUGUCUUCCCCACGUGCAGAAAUCUUACUAUAAUGCUAACGCUUAACCCCAGCAUGAGCAAAUAGACCACUCACCAAUGUAAACUUGAAGAAUAACAAGCAACCAUGCUGAACAAACAGGCUACACAGUGGCCCCCAUAUGUUUGAAAACAUGAGUGGCAACCCUAUACAUGUAGCAAAAUAUAAGGAGCGCAUGAUUGACGAAAAUGAAUCGCCAAAUGUUUGCGGGAGUUUUGAUCCGAGAGUCGCGUAUCAAUAUAAAUUGGUGAUGAGGAGUCAGCAUCUACUAAUAAUUGUAAUUGUGAAACCAAUGUCUGUGCCCCUUGAGUUUCUUCAUGAUUUUAGUUAUAGAAACAUAAGUGGAAGUUUGCGAGAAUGAGAAAUGCUGUUGGCUGUUGCCUCCUGUUCCCAGUGCUUUCUUGAGCUCUCCCAAACUUCCACGAGUGUUUCUAUAAGUUGAUAGGAACACGGAAAAUCCUGUGAUGAAAAAAGAGGGAAUGAGGAGUAAACAACAGCACCAAUGAAAAAUCAAUGAUGUCAAUGAGCAAUGGAUAGGCCACAAAAUGUUUGGUCAACAAUUAAUUGUGGACUUCUCAUUGAUUACUGCCAAUAAUCAAUGAUUAAUCGGAUGAACAGUAAUUGAUUACUCAUCAAUUACUCAUUGAUGUCAUUGACCAUCGAUUACUUACGUCUGGAACUUAACACCCAUUAAUUCUUAAAAUUGACUUUCAAGACUCAUUCUGGAAACUACAGGUAACAUAUUUUCAAUAAACAGAACACUGUGCCUGUUAAAAUAUCGAAUGAGCAAGUCCAGUUGUAUGGUACAUGAUUCAACAACUUAAAGCUCAAGGUCUUUGAGUUGUUUGUGAGGUCUUCAGUCAGUGUUUUUAGCACUACCUAGUGGCAGCAUCCUUAUGAAUAGCCAGGCAAGAAGCUUAUAGAGGCUUCAUAAAAACUAUUAACAGAAAAUUCCCACUGCUGAAGUUCAGUUUACAACACAAUCUGUACUUAAUUAACCAUUAACAGAAAAUGUUCACAUUUUACAAACAACGAGUCCAUUGUUGACAAAACAAGUUCAGCCUGGAAGUUCACACAUUUACAGUAAACAUCUUCUGACAAAGGUAUGGGGGAAGUCCCAUUAACUGAAUUCUUUGCCAGAGCAGACAGAGUCAUCAAGAAUAUGGACAUGAGAUAACCUGUGCAAAAAAAAAAAGAGUUUAGCAACAAUGGGGAACUGAAAGGAAGAAGUCACAUCAUGUGACCCUGCACAUUAUUAAACAAACCUUUUAAUUGUUAUUUGCAUGGGUAGGUUACUGUACAAUGAUACUUUUGUUGAAUGGUUUGGGCAAAUGGCAAUAUUAAAUGACAUUUGUGACAUGGGAAAUGGUCUUGUUUCAUCCCAUUUAACAAUACCAGCAUACUACACUAACUCCUUUCUACAGAGCCUGUCAGCAGGCUCAUGUUGGAGCACAAGCGCUCAUUGCGUAGCUGCGAGCGCGAAAUCGAGCAGUGAAGCUGCAAGACGACAAAGUGAGCUUGCUCUGAUCUCUGCAAAUUUUUUAUUUCCACUCUGGAAACCGCAGAAAAAAUAAGCCAACUAAUUUUCACCAGAAGUAUUAACUAUGGCAGCUCAGAUUUCUCAGGAAAAUUGUAAAUCUUUUUCAUAACAACAAGCAGGCGUGAUAUCUGUUGUUGAUACAGUUUUGCAGAAGAAAAACCGUCAAAGCUUAUGUCCAGCAAGGACACACACUUGAUUCCAAGUGAUCUUUCUUUGGCAGUCUGGUCUUUGAUGAUAAUGAUAAUAAUAAUUUAUUUCUAGCACAUUACAUCAAAAAUCUCAAUCACGCUCUUAGAAAAAAUAGUAAUAAUUUAAUUAGGAUCAAGGGUCCUUUACAAUAAUCAAUUACAAUGUAAAAACUAAACAACAAACAAGAUUGGCAUGCUUAAAGAUGAAAUACAAUGCUUUAAGUCUGUUUUUAAAAAUGACAAUGGACAGGGCACUGCUCACGACUAGUGGAAGGUCAUUCCAAAGCAUGAGUGCGCAAGAUGAAAAAGCGUGACCACAAUAGUUUUUUUGUCCUAAACACUGGCCUGUACAGUUGCAGGUUGUCAGUGGCGUUUGAGCAAAGAUGCCUAUUUGGUUGAUGCAAUACUAACAAAUCAGCUAAGUACUUAACACU